UACUCGGAGGAAAGCGAUGACGUCGUAUUUAGGGGAGACUUUUAUUUUGACUCUCGGCGUCCCGGAAGUGUGUGUUAUUUUUGUCAUGGCGGAUCACGGGAGCGACGCUGGGGACUCCAGCAGCGAUGCAGACCUCUCCUCCGUCAUGGGCUUCUCUGGGUUCGGGAAGAAGGCUCGCACCUUUGACCUGGAGGCCAUGUUUGAGCAGACGAGGAGGACGGCCAUCGAGAGGAGCCAGCACAUCUUAGAGGAGCGUGAGAAACAGGAAGCUGAGGCCAGCAGCGGCUCUCAGAGCGCGUCAGCAUCCAGGAAGCAGGACUCUGAUGUCAUCGCUCCUCCACUUCCUCCUGCGCUCGGCGCUCAGACGGAGGAGAGUGAUGAUGAUGAUGAUGAUGAUGAGGAUGAUGUGGUCGGGCCACCGCUUCCACCCGGAUACAAACACAGCACCGCUGCUGAUGACGACGACGAUGAUGAUGAUGAUGAUGAUGAUGAUGAUGAUAUGGACGAUGACAAUCCAGUGAAGAAGAUCCCGGACACCAAUCAUAACAACCUCCAUAAAAGUCUAAAAAACGUCUCAGCUUUGGCUCUGGAUCCGUCCGGCGCUCGUCUGGUCACCGGCGGCUACGACUACGACGUGAGGUUCUGGGACUUCGCCGGGAUGGACGCGGCGCUGCAUGCCUUCCGGUCGCUGCAGCCGUGUGAAUGUCAUCAGAUCAGGUCUCUGCAGUACAGCGUCACCGGGGACGUCAUUCUGGUGGUGGCUGGAAACUCACAGGCCAAAGUUCUGGACCGCGACGGAUUCCAGGUCCUCGAAUGCAUCAAAGGAGAUCAGUAUAUUGUGGACAUGGCCAAUACCAAGGUGACUUUAAAGACACGUUUGCAUAUAGAAAUCUUAAAGGGAUAUCACACACAGAUACUCAAAACCGCCUCCUCUCACACCAAGAAAAAAUAAAAAUAGUUUCUGACCUGCUCCAAUGAUGGGACGGUGCGGACGUGGGACUUGAACUCGGAGAAGAAGCACAAGUCUGUGUUCAAGCCUCGAUCGCUGCAGGGCAAGAGAGUGACCCCCACCUGCUGCACCUACAGCCGCGACGGGAAACUGAUCGCCGCCGGCUGCCAGGACGGGACCAUCCAGAUCUGGGACAGGAACCUGAGCGUGCACACUAAGUUCCACUGCCGCCAGGCUCACGCCGCCGGAUCCGAUACGACCUGCCUCGCUUUCUCUUACGACGGAGUAACCCUCGCAUCACGAGGAGGUCAGACCCACCGCUGCUUCUGUCUAUCCUCAGAGCCCAAUAUUCAGCUCCGUCACUUCUCCUCAUACUCCGCUGGUCCCGUAGUGAACAACAGUAGGUCCUCUCUUCAGGAGAAGGGUUUUUGGCUUACAGUCCUUGUGUUGGUGUUGAAUGUGAGAAACGGUGAAUGUUUCCAGACCGGAGUGUGGUUUUGCAGAUGGAAAGCUCUUGUGCAAGCUCUGGCCUCUGCUCUUCCAGACGUGUUGAGAGCUGCUCCUGCGUCUCUUAUGUGUGCUUUGGUUGUGUUUUUCAGGAGACUACCACCUCUGAGACGUGGGAUCAUACGCAACUUUCAGGAAUUUCCCCAUAAAACAUUAAAACAAAAAACUAUCAAAACUUUAACCUUCUUCCCCAUGACAGACUGCUGCUUCAGUCCGGAUGAUAAACUGCUGUUGACGGGGACCUCGGUGAAGAAGGACGAAGGGAACGGGAAGCUGCUGUUCUUUGAGCGGGAAUCUCUGCGGAAGGUGUAUGAGAUUGAAGUGGCCGAUGCGAGCGUGGUCCGCUGUCUUUGGCAUCCCAAGCUGAAUCAGAUCAUGGUCGGGACGGGGAACGGCCUGGCGAAGGUCUACUACGACCCGGUCAAGAGUCAGAGAGGUGCGAUGUUGUGUGUGGUCAAGAGCAAGAGGAAGGAGAAACACGCCGAGACGCUGACUCAAGAUUACAUCAUCACCCCUCACGCUCUGCCCAUGUUUCGUGAGGCCCGGCAGCGCAGCACCAGGAAGCAGCUGGAGAAGGACCGACUGGAUCCGGUCAGAUCACACAAACCUGAGCCGCCCAUGUCCGGACCAGGUCGAGGCGGUCGCGUGGCGGCUCACGGCGGGACGCUGUCCUCCUUCAUCGUCAAAAACAUCGCCCUGGACAAAACCGACGACAGCAACCCGCGAGAGGCCAUCCUGCGUCACGCCAAAGAAGCCGCUGAGAACCCGUACUGGGUCGCCCCGGCCUAUAAACAAACGCAGCCGGACCCGCUGUUCGCCGAGGAGGAGGAAGAAGAGGUCGACGAAGAUCAGCCCGAAUGGAAGAAACGCAAGAUCUGAGGAGAUUUCCUCUUCCACUCGGACUCGGAGUUUGUGGAGUUCUUCUGUCGGGAUUCUCCCACACACUUUCCAAAGCUUGUGUCUGAAUCUGAGCAGAAUUACAGUGUGUUGUAGUUAAACUGGUCUUUUUUGCUAAAUGUCAUAUACAGCUCAUACUGAUGAUUCAUUAUUGUCUGAUUUAAUAUUUUGACUGGUUUUUCUUUUGUAUUUUUGUCUUUUAGAUUAUAAAUAAACCUGUUGUGUGGCCUGUUUCUCGUACAAA